GCUACCAUUUGCAGAGGCGCUGGGCUCUCUGGGCUUGCUCUUCCUCCUCCAAGUCUCCCCCCCCCUUUCUCUCUCUCCCUCACUAUCUCUCUCUCGCACUCCCCUCACUAUCUCUCUCUCGCACUCCCCUCACUAUCUCUGUCUCGCACUCCCGUUGCCACCCUCGCUGCGACGCCCAUUUCAGCCCUGUGACCGGAAUGUGGGUCAACGGAGCGCUUGCUACACUCGAUUGGAAGGCACCACUUCGAAAUGCAGCAGGAGGAGGAUGAAUCUUUAGGUUAUGGAGUGUGUGAGGGUUUUUGUUAUCGUGGGAUCGUGGUGGGAUUUCAAUCGGGGUUCGUCCGGGUGCGUGUGAGCAAGUGUGAUUUCGGUGCUGUAGGGUCGAAUUCGACACUUUGUGUUGGCGGAGUAUGGGCAUCUACGUACGCAUUGCUUGCUUUCACGAAAGCAUGUAUAUUUUUGCUAUCGUUUUUAUUACUGGAGGCUGAACUCUAUGUGCAUAGAUUUGAUGAUGCAAUUAGAGCUGUUGCGGAUUUUCAGGAAUUACACUCGCAGUGUUCCUUCAGGUGAUUGCACGCUAUCUCAAGUGUAACAAGGGUAGGCGGGUCAUUGAUUUUCUCUAGUUAAGAAGGUGAUGUCCUUCGAUAAUUCGACUCUUCAUCUAAAUGAUGCGUAUAAAUCUAAAAUCGUCUUAUUGGGAAAAUAAUUGGAACUCGCCGCGAAGUCAAUUUCCUGAUGGCUGAGGUCUUUCGUAGAGUUUUGCAUUUUGAUCAUUUCUUGUCCCCAGAUCUCUCCACCAUGGAUACACAACAGGCAGUCGAUGCUCUUACAGAUCACAUGGCCAUCUAUCAUCGAUCUGCUGAACGACUGAAAGCAGGAAGGUCCACUGGUGGUGACCUUAAAAAUAAUCCCAAGCCAGGGGCCAAAGGUGGCAACGUUGUCAAGCAGAGAGUAAUAGAAUGGCUCUCUGAACUGAGUACUUCCCAACGGCAAGCUGUCCUCACCGUCUUUGAUAGAUCAUGGGUCUUACUCUUGUUGCAAAUGCAACAGAAGUUGAAUGAGAAUGGACCUGGAAACUUCAUCAUUCUUCCGGAUAUCCCAGCUUCAAGUUUGUCAGUACGAUCGAACACGGAAGUAUUAUCUCACUCUUCAAAGCACCAAAGAGGAAAAAAUAAGAAAGGGAGGGCUAGCUCCAACACCAGACGUGGUCGAACAUCCAAGGUCUCAAGAACGAAUAAUGAUGACCACCUUGAGGGCAAUCGGAAGUUUGAAGGUCACACAGGUUCUACAGGAGUAGCAAAAUUUGCUGCUGAAAAAGUAUUUCCUUUAGAUAGUGUAACCUUGCCAGGUCUUUGCUAUCGAAAAGCUAAUGGUCUUUUAGCCAGAUUGAAAAGUCAGCAGUUAGCUGAGGAGAAGCUUCGUAAAGCUGUGCAAAUUUUUAGUUCCCAAGACGGGCACAAAUCUCUCAUCAGCUGUGGAUCUGAACCUGUUUUUGAUGCACUAUCGCUAUCAAGUGAAUUGGCUGAGAAUUUGGAUGUAUUUCUGGAAGUCAUGGGGGAAAUAUCCUAUGGAGAAUUUCUUGAACAUCCCUUGGGGCUGACGGCAUCCCCAUGGGAAGAGACACCGUGGUUACAGGUCCAGGGUUACUACAGUGUUGCGGCCUUUAUAGCAAACAAGUUGGAGAUAUGUAUCUGGUCAUCUUAUUCUUUGUCCAUGGGCAGUAAGCGAUCCUUCAAAAAUCAGUGGAUCAUCAAGACGAGCGAAUCAUUAAGGUCAAAAUGGACUUCUGGAAGAUCUGUUGAUGUUCUUGAAUCAGCAGCUGCUGCUCAGAGUUUACAUGAGAGGAAACGAGGCUGCAUUGACUGGUGGAACAGGGUGGACUGUGAUUUGAAAGAGAAAACUGUUCGUUCCGCCCUAAUAGCUGCAACUAAAUUUGAAGUCAUUAGUGCCGUUUCAUCGGCAAGAAGUGCAAUCCGGAGUAUCAAACCGGCACAUAGAUCUCACGAACUGUUGGAGGCUACGAAAUACAGAGGAAAGAAUACACGUUGGACCAGUCUCUCGGAUACUGAAGUGGAACAUCAUAAAUUGGAUUUAAAAAACAGUUGGAGCACUUCAACACUGUCUCCUUUGCUGUUGGGCUUGGCAGCACUAAAGGAGGCUGCGGAAUCGGGCAUAUUAUCAGGUGAAUCACUCACGAUAGCACCACGCAGUAAUAAUUUGUUCUUUAGCAAUUUGGAAUCUGUACACACCCUUCCUGAUCGAAUUGUGAGGAGGUCGAGAAAUGUAUUAGCACGAGUGAUGAACGAAGCUGUGGAGUACGAGCUUCUUCAAGGAGAAGUAGGAACCAAUUCACUGGGUGCUGGAACUGCCAUAAUUGGGGAGUCUAAAGGGGUCAAAGAUAAAAAGAAGAGACGAAAAAGAAGUUCAGUGCAGAAGACUGGGCCAGAGAGAAAGGAUUUGGCUGAUUUGGAUUGUAAGACUUCUGAGGAUUGUUCAUCAGCUGCAAGGAAUGAGGACAAAAAAGGUGCAGACCCACAAUUUCUAAGCGCCAAAAUUCCAAAUGGUGCUGUAGGUUGCUCCGACUUUUGUGUGGGUACUAUUCAGAACUCGAACCCUCAAACUCGGAAACCAAUGAAUCAGAAGCAUGGGAAAGUUGCUCACACAGGCCCUGGUGUGAGUACUUCUGAUCUGCAUGAGCAUAAGGGGCAGUUUGAGAGGUUUGGGACGAACAUUAGCAGAGAUGAUGAAACUUGUGGCUCAGAACCUGUUGCCAGCCCUUGCUACACUUUUGUUGUGGAUAUUAAAAGUACUACUACACCUGUCUGCGAUGCUGGUCAGGCACCCUUCAUGGCCCACGGUAACCUUUGCAAUAGUAAAUUAGAACUUUGCGCGGGCUGUGGAGAUCGGGCUGUUCUUGAUGCUGCGAAUCAGCGUCACGGAGAAGUGGCGAAUAUGGUUUCGAACACUUCUGACUUGAUUAAUGCUGCACAGGGACUGGAAAUUCAUGAUAGGAAUGGUUAUUUGAGACAGUCCGACGAAGUGAACACUCGCGUAUUGUUCCCGGUUGGGGAAGAGCCUAGUGUCGGUCAAGCUGGAUCUGAGGUUCUUGAAGCUUUGAAUGUAGAACAGGAUCUUCAGAAGCAGUUUGACAUGCCAGAAUCUAUAUAUGAUCAUGACUUUAAUUUACAAAGAAGAGAAUCCAGAUCAUUACAACUGCGCUUUGGAACGAUAGAAGUAGUGACCUCUGAUGUUCAGGUUCCAGUAAAGUCUUCUAUAUCAUCUAAAGCCUUAGGUCAGCAUUCAAUUAUUCCAGAAACCCCAGGAAAUGGUCGCAAAUGUAGAGGAUUAGAUGAAUUAAGGAUUGCAGAGGAGAGCUGGGACACCGCACAUAACGUCGAAGCAACACCUGAACCAGUGUAUGAUUCUAAUUUAAGACGGUCUGGACACAGGUCACAAAGCUUGCCCUCAGGGAUCUCAGCAUCAGGAAAGCUGUUCGCAUCACAGCCUGCACCAACGUUUUUCCCGGAGGAACCUGUUCUGGUUCGUAAGGGUGGGUCACUGCGAUCUCAACAUAAUACUCCUGCUUUUGCUAUGUUUUAUUCUCAUGAAUGGCCUGGUUACUCACAAGUACGGGUCCCAGGCAGCACUGUGCGUCCGACAGCCACAGAAAGACUCCACCUGGAUGUUGUUCAUGACUGGCCUAAAUGUCUUGGUGCCUCUUCAGUUUCCAUCUCCAACACUGUCCCUGCUCCAGGAAAUCUUGAUUGGUCUCCAUUGGUGCACAAUGGGUACAGCCUUACCCCAAUGGUUGGGUACGCUGAUUCAAAUGAACCUAAGGUUGUCACGCUCUCUCCAUUUUCAUCCUCUCCAUAUGCAUCAAGGACCCCACCCAAUGGGCAUACAAGAUUAGGGGAAGAUUCCGAGGUUGAAGAGCGCCUGUAUGAUACGGACCUUGAAAUCUUUGAUGCAGGCGAUUUUGGAGACCUUGAUGGGUAUUUAGUUUCUGAAGAAGAAGGAGAACGACAAAUAGAGGACAAUGCGCAUGUGAAAGCAGAAGACUACAAUCAGGUCUUUGGUGGUGGGGUUAUGUACUGGAACUCAGCUGAUUAUACCGGAAUGGGUUAUUCUCGACCUGGUUCUAUGAGUUCCGAUGAUAGUUCAUGGGCUCGUAGGGAGGCAGAUCUUGGUGCUGUACUUGAUGAUAUAGUCGGUAUUCCAUACGGAGUUCCAUACGGAAGCAAAGGGUCAACAAGUUCCAAUCUUUCCAGUACUUCUCCUUCGCAACCAUCUACUUCCCUUCCAGUACCUUUUGACCAGAUAGGAGGUAGCCAAGUUGGCCCGCGUGUUUGUUUGACCAGACCUACAGGAAGUGACUUUUCAGUGAGCUAUAGGGCUUUUUCUGAUGAUUCGCAAACAGCGGGGACAAAUGUGGGCAACUCAGCUGGAGUAGUUGAUGGCAUAAUGAGUGAUGGAUUUAUGCCAAGGUUACGUCCUAUAGUGGUGAUGAGAGAUCCUGGCCUAUCCAGGUCCAUGGGGAAGAAUGAAGCAGUUCGUCUACGAGAAUUACGCAGUCCUCAUAUCGUGUCAAGAGGGGCACCGGAUUUUCCUGGAGAUCGACGUCGGCGACCUUCCCCCCCUGUAACUCGCCAUGCUCCACCUCCGCCUCCUCCUUCGCCGGUGGCUGGCCUCAAGCGUAGGAAGGGAUGGAUGUCUGCCAGGUCAGGGAGCUCAAGUCCCCGCCAUUGGGGCCUUACAAGUUGGUGGAAUAAGGAUGAUGUGGACAAUUUUGAGGUUCAAGCAGCAGGUAGAGAUAAUGCUCUUGAAAAUGGAAGAAGAAUGGCGAUUUUGGCAAGCACCCCGCCUAUACGUCCCAUGUCAAGAGUUUUGCCACUAGAACAUUCGGUAGCCAUUCACUCAUCAGCCUUGGACCAAGAGCACAUGGCUGAUGAGGCUUUGGUAAUGCAAAGCACUGUCUUGUUUAACAAGAAUCCUUCUCUCCAGCUUGUUAUUACGCUUUUUCACAAAUCUCUUCACAAGGAGAUUGAAACAUUCUGCUUGCAGGUUGCUGCAGAGAAAAGACUACGGAUGCCUUUUAUCAAUACGGCGGUUAAGAAGGUAACACACUCUUUGCAAGUCUUAUGGCCAAGAUCGCGGGCAAAGAUUUUUGGUUCAAAUGCUACCGGCUUAGCGCUUCCAACUAGCGACGUUGAUAUUGUUGUUAGCUUGCCUCCAGUGAGAAAGGCGCGGAAUCCAAUUAAACAAGCUGGAAUAUUGGAAGGGCGCAUUGAUGGGGUUAAGGAGACUUGCUUGCUGCAUGCAGCACGUAACCUCGAAGAUCAGGAUUGGGUGAAGUCCCUGCAAGUCUUUGAGCGCACGAUGGUGCCAAUCAUAAGAUUGGAGGCUCACAUCUUACCCCAUCAGUGUGAACUGGGUGACAUUUCUUUGAGCGUUAAAGAGACAUGCCCUAUGGGCUCGAGCAAUGAUGCACAAGAUGGAUCACCAACUAGUCAAGACUCAGGUGAUUCCGGCGAGAAGGAGGGUCCAUGGGGAUCUAAUAAAGAUCGUCAGAUAGUCCGCCUCGAUAUCAGCUUUGAAUCUCUAGCCAAUACAGGUCUUCGCACGUCCGAAUUGGUUCGGGAGCUUGUGGGACAAUUUCCUCCUUUGACACCCUUGGCUCUAGUAUCGAAGCAGUUUCUUGCAGACCGAAGCCUAGACCAUGCCUACAAAGGUGGUCUAAGUUCUUACUGCCAGGUGCUAUUGAUCACGCGAUUCCUUCAGCAUCAGCAACAUCUUGGACGGCCUUCUUCAAGCCAGAAUCUUGGAAGCUUAUUUAUGGACUUUCUGCAUUUUUUGGUUAUGUGUUUGAUCCUCGAAGCAUGUGCGUCCGUAUUCGGGGUGGAGGAAAGUAUGUAAGCAGAGAUCGUGGCCCUAGUAUUGAUCCUUUGUACAUUGAAGAUCCAUUUGAUUAUGAGAACAACGUUGGCAGCACCUGUUUCCGCAUUCAACAAAUUGUGAAGGCUUUCGCAGACGCCGACUCCAUUUUGGAGAAAGAACUAUUUGAGGCGUCCGCUACAGAUGGGAGCGAAGGGGAAGACAGGUUUUAUUUACUACGAAAAAUCAUGCCCAGUUUCGUGGGCAAGUGAUAAAAUGCCUGAGCAAAGCCUGUUCAUACUAUUUUGUUCUGCUGCAGAAAAUCAACCAGCAGGUGCCAUCGCUACACAUCAGCAUGCCACACACAGAACAUCUGGUUCUAAGAACAUGUGCCAGGUCCAUCAUAGAUGUCUCAAAUCCUAUGCUGGUUUAAAUGUUUGCUAGUACACAUCAUUGAGGCGAGAUGUUAGCAGAAUUACUCUUCUAUUCGUAUGCAUGACCGUUCGCUAAAUGCCAGAUGACCAGCUACAGGCA